AAUUUGCAGGAGCCUAUGGACAAAGAGCUGGACACACAUAGGCUUGAGCAUGGUCCCAAGAAAAGAAAGAUCCCAUGCCGAAGCGCCAAUGACGAUGACGAUGAUGUGGAAGAUAUAAAUGUUGGACAGGAUGACAUGAUGGACGACGAAUUAGAGGAUGAUUCUGGGAGAAGGGUUGAGGAAGCAAUUGAAACAGAAGCGGAUAACAACAAUGCAGAUUCUGCAGCUGAUGCCGAUAAUGUUGAAAAGCAGUGAUGGCUGGCCAGGGCUGUCUACUUUUGAGAAAUCUGAGAUAUUCGUGUUUAGUAGUAAUUUUUUUCUUAGCUAUGUAUUAGAAAACUUG